AUGGAGUGCGAUAAGGCAACCGUGGACGAGAUUCGUCCUUUCGGGACAGCUCGAUCUACCGUCGCGGAAAAGCCUCUCUCGGAAGAAGAGCUCAAGAAGUACGAUGACUUUUUCAAAGCCAGUCUGUACCUCUGUCUCGGCAUGAUAUAUCUCAUGGAGAAUCCACUUCUUCGCGAACCCCUAAAAAAGGAGCAUAUCAAAGCCAGACAGCUGGGCCACUUUGGUUCGGCUCCCGGGCAGAUCUUUACGUAUAUGCACUUCAACCGUCUCAUCAAAAAGUACGAUCUCGACGCCAUCUUCGUAUCCGGCCCAGGUCACGGUGCGCCAGCUGUGCUAUCUCAAGCCUACCUAGAGGGAACCUAUUCAGAGGUGUAUCCCGCCAAGUCCGAGGACCCCGAGGGCAUGCAGAAGUUCUUCAAGCAGUUCUCCUUCCCAGGCGGCAUCGGCUCGCAUGCCACGCCAGAGACACCUGGAAGUCUCCACGAGGGUGGCGAGCUUGGGUACUCCAUCUCCCACGCCUUUGGCAGCGUCUUUGACAACCCAGAACUCAUCACGGUCACCAUGGUCGGAGAUGGUGAGGCCGAGACUGGUCCCUUGGCUACUUCGUGGCACAGUAACAAGUUCCUCAACCCCAUCACUGACGGAGCUGUGCUUCCGGUCUUGCAUCUCAAUGGAUACAAGAUCAACAACCCAACCCUUCUCGCCCGUAUUCCCCACCAAGAGAUUGCGCAGCUCUUCAAGGGCUACGGUUGGGAGCCAUACUUUGUCGAGGGUGACGACAUUGAAUCCAUGCACCAGGCCAUGGCCGGCACGCUCGAGCACUGUGUAAAGGAGAUCAAGAAGUUCCAGAAGCAGGCCCGCGACUCGGGCAAGCCGUUCCGUCCCCGGUGGCCCAUGAUCAUCCUCCGCACCCCCAAGGGCUGGACAGGACCCCGAAAGCUCAACGACCACUACCUGGCUGGAUUCUGGCGGGCGCACCAAGUGCCCAUUACCGACGUCAAGACCAACCCUGCCGAUCUCAAGGUGCUGGAGGACUGGAUGCGCAGUUACGAGCCCGAUCGGCUCUUUGGCCAGGACGGCAGGAUCUCCAAGGAGCUUCAAGAGGCGAUUUGCCCUGCGGGUAACCGUCGUAUGAGCGCCAACCCCGUGGCCAACGGUGGACUGCUGAAGAAGCCACUCAAGAUGCCCGACUUUAAAAAAUAUGAAAUCAAAGUGGACCAGGGCGGUGCUGUCAAGGCAGGCAGUAUGAAAAACUGUGCCAAUUUCCUGAGAGACAUCAUUGCGGCUAAUCCGACCAACUUUCGCCUAUGGGGCCCCGAUGAGACCGAGUCCAACAAGUUGGCCGGGGUGUACGAAGCGGGUAAGAAGGUCUGGCUGGGUGAGUACUUUGAAGAGGACUCGGAUGGUGGCAAUUUGUCGCCCUUUGGCCGCGUCAUGGAGAUGCUGAGUGAGCACACCUGUGAGGGCUGGCUCGAAGGCUAUGUACUCAGUGGUCGCCAUGGACUUUUGAACAGCUAUGAACCCUUCAUCCACAUCAUCGACUCCAUGGUGAACCAGCACUGUAAAUGGAUUGAAAAGUGUUUGGAGGUUGAGUGGCGUGCACAGAUUGCCUCCCUCAACAUCCUGCUGACUGCAGUGGUAUGGCGUCAGGAUCACAAUGGUUUUACACACCAAGAUCCCGGUUUCCUCGACGUUGUCUGCAACAAGAGUCCUGAAGUUGUGCGCAUCUAUCUUCCGCCAGAUGGCAACUGCCUGCUUUCAACCAUGGAUCACUGUCUCAAGUCGUCCAACUAUGUCAACGUCAUCGUUGCCGACAAGCAGGACCACUUGCAAUAUCUCACCAUGGAAGAGGCAGUCGAGCACUGCACCAAGGGCAUUGGCAUCUGGCCACAAUUCAGCACUGACACUGGGGAGGAGCCCGAUCUCGUCAUGGCCAGCUGCGGCGACAUUGCGGCCAACGAGUCGCUUGCCGCCAUUGACCUGCUCCUCCAGAACUUUCCCGAGCUCAAGAUCCGCUGCGUCAAUGUCGUCGACCUAUUCAAGCUGAUUCGUCACGAUGACCAUCCCCACGGUCUCAAGGACCCGGAGUGGUCGGCCCUCUUCACCGACGACAAGCCCGUUAUCUUCAACUUUCACUCGUACCCGUGGCUCGUGCACAGGCUCAUCUACAGAAGAGCCGGCAGCCACAACGUUCACGUCAGAGGCUACAGGGAAAAGGGCAACAUUGACACGCCCCUGGAGCUGGCCAUUCGCAACGGAACCGACCGCUUCAGCCUGGCCAUUGAUGCCAUUGACCGCAUGACGCACCUGCACAACCGGGGCGCGGCCGCGCGCGAGAAGCUCAAGAAUGCCCAGCUCGCCGCUCGCAACCACUCGUACGAGAUUGGCAUGGAUCCCGAGUACCUGAGUGACUGGAAAUGGCCACAGCAGAAGGGCUUACUGGAGAGGAACAAGGAGCGGCUGGAGAAGUUGAACCUGACCUCGUAA